CCGUUAAGGGCAAUGUAGUCUUUUUGAAAAAUACAACCGAAAAUUUGAGCUCUAAUGAAUGGUGGCCAGAGCCCAACGUUUUCCAAAUUUUUCAGGCCAGCAGAUAACAAAGCCGUUAAAAACACUGGUAGCUCUUGGUCGGAAAUUUCUGUACUAACCAAGCCAAUGCUCUCUUUAUCAUGUCUCUCGUUGAAUGCUACUCUCUUUCAACAGGCGUCAUAUCUCUCCGCACAAAAACUACAAAGCUCGAAAACAAGAAACUAUAGCCAUACAAGUGGCACAAAUUUACGUUCUUUCUCUUGCAAGAACAAUGCUAAUUCACCCUUUAAUUCCCAUUUCUAUCCAACCACCAAUGUUUCCGCCUUGGAGUUCCAGGGAACCCCAGAUCACUACUUUUCAGAUACACGAUCGGGCGGUCAUUUUAUUGACCCUGAUUUGCUUGCUGUUUGGCUUCAGUCCUGUUACAAAGCAAAAGAUGUUAAGAGAAUACACACGGUUGUUUUAAAGUGUUUGACGGAUUCAGUCAUGUAUGUUAAUAACAAUUUGAUUAGUGCCUAUUUGAAAUUGGGGGAAUUAAUUGAGGCGCGAAAGGUGUUUGAUGAAAUACCUGAACGGAAUGUUGUUAGUUGGACUGCUAUGAUUUAUGGGUACUCAAGUUUUGGUUUAGAUGAUGAAGCAUUGAGGAUGUUUAGUGGAUUUGUAGAGAGCAGGGUUGUAGCAAAUAGUAGGACGUUCGUGUGUAUAUUGAACUUAUGUAGUAGGAGGUUGGAUUUUGAGCUAGGGAAGCAAAUCCACGUUCAUGUUAUAAAGGGUAAUUGGAAGAACUUGAUCCUGGACAGUGCUGUUGUUUCAUUUUACGCCCAAUGUGGUGACUUGACAAGCGCAUCUUGUGCAUUUGAUCGAAUCAUGGAAAGGGAUGUGGUUUGUUGGACUACUAUGAUUACUGCUUUUUCCCAGCAAGGACAUGAAGACGAGGCUUUUAGAUUGUUCUCACAAAUGCUGAGUGAAGGACUUAUGCCUAAUGAGUUUACAGUGUGUAGUGUUCUAAAGGCUUGUGAAGAGAAGAAGGCGUUGAAGUUUGGGAAACAGCUACACGGUGCUAUAGUUAAGAAGAUGUAUAAGGAUGAUGUUUUUAUAGGUAGUACUUUAGUGGAUAUGUAUGCAAAAUGUGGGGAAAUUGUAGAUUCUAGGGAGGUGUUUAAUAGAAUGAAGAUUAGAAAUACAGUUACAUGGACUUCUAUUAUUGCAGGGUAUGCUAGGAGGGGGCUUGGUGAGGAUGCAAUAAGUCUCUUUCGAGUGAUGAAGAGACGUAAGAUAAUUUCUAACAACUUAACUGUUGUGAGCAUUCUGAAGGCCUGUGGUUCAAUUGGUGCGCUGCUGACAGGGAAAGAAGUUCAUGCACAAAUUAUCAAGAAUGGCAUCCAAUCAAAUGAGUACAUAGGAAGCACUCUUGUGUGGUUCUACUGUAAAUGUGGGGACUUUCACAUUGCCUCAAAACUCUUUCAACAGAUGCCCCAGAGGAAUGUUGUCUCAUGGACUGCCAUAAUCUCUGGUUAUGCUUGUCUUGGGCAUGAGUCUGAGGCUCUUGAGUUCUUGAAACAAAUGAUGGAAGAAGGCAUAGAACCAAAUGCAUUUACAUAUUCAUCAGCUUUGAAAGCUUGUGCUAAUCUUGAAUCUGUUCUGCAAGGAAAACUGAUUCAUUCCUUUGCCAACAAGGUUCCUGCAUCUGUGUUUGUAGGCACUGCAUUAAUCUAUAUGUAUUCUAGAUGUGGAUAUCUGUCAGACGCAAUUCAAGUUUUUGACAGCAUGCCAGAGCGAAACUUGAUUUCUUGGAAGACAAUGAUUUUGAGUUAUGCAAGGAAUGGUUUCUGCCAAGAGGCUUUGAAGCUCAUGUAUCGGAUGCAGGCGGAGGGUAUUGAGGUGGAUGACUACAUCUUUGCUUCAGUCGCAUGUGCGUGCGGAGACGUAGAGUGGAAUAGAGAGCCUUCAUCCGAUCAUUGUUUGCAGUCUAGUUGAUCUACACUCCAGUGUAAGGUAGAGCAUCGAUUGAGGUUGUGUAUAGCAACUAUAACUGCCUAUAUCAGUAAUAGUUUCACUUGUAAUUACUUGUAUAAGAAAGUCAAAGCUGAUAUAAAGCGAUUUACACUGCUUGACCAUCCAGUUAAGUCAGCAAUUUCCCUUCUCCCUAAUCCCAGACCCACAGUAUAAGGUUUGAAGUAACGAAGAAAGAAAUGAAUGAAGCGAAAGGUCCCUUGAAACUGCGAUAUAAUCUUGUUUGUCCUGAUUCUUGGAUGUCGUUCGACUAUUUGACACCAUAUAUUGCAUAAUGAAGUCAUAUCCAGUCCCCCGUGUCAGCAGUAGUACUACAGUCAUCUUGAGAAGCCGUCAUAAACAGGAAUUCUAUAUAUUUGGAGGGUGCUAUUUAAUGAAGCAAUCUAGUCAUGGCCCUAUCCCCAAUUUUCCUCAUUUAAAAAUCUGUUAUAAAUUAUAAUGAUGUCUUUAGAAAGAGUAUAGGCAGAGGAGAAAAUUUUUCCUGUGGAAGUGGGCUGAACUAUCAGGAUUUGAUUCCCCGUGUAUUUUUUUUAUAUAUUGCAUUAGCCCCACGAAGUUUUCCAAAAAUUUCUUUUUUAUCUAGGUAGUUUAUGUAUUUUUAUUUUUUUCCUGACACGAGUCUAAUCUAACCACCCCCAUCCCCUUCGCCA